UCAAUGUCCUUUCUUAACUGUUUAAAAUGUGUAAUCAAAUUAAGUGAGUUGGAUUUUUUUUUUUAAGUCACCUGGAGGAAUUGCAACGCCCUCAGUUUAUGGUCAGCUUUUAGCUCUAUACCUGCUGCACAAUGACAUGAAUAAUGCACGAUAUCUUUGGAAAAGAAUUCCUCCUGCUAUUAAAUCUGCAAAUUCUGAGCUCGGUGGGAUUUGGUCAGUAGGACAAAGAAUUUGGCAGAGAGAUUUUCCAGGAAUCUACACAACAAUCGGUGCACAUCAGUGGUCAGAGAGUAUUCAACCAAUCAUGGAGGCACUGAGAGAUGCAACUAGGAGACGAGCUUUUGGACUUGUUUCUCAGGCAUAUACCUCAAUAAUUGCAGAUGAUUUUGCAGCCUUUGUUGGACUUCCUGUGGAAGAAGCUGUGAAAGGUGUGUUAGAGCAAGGCUGGCAAGCUGACUCCACCACUCGGAUGGUAAUGCCUAAAAAGCCAGGUGCACUGGAAGCUUCCUUUAACAGAUUUAUUCCUUUAUCAGAACCUGCUACAGUUCCACCGAUUCCUAAUGAACAACAGUUGGCCAGAUUGACUGAUUAUGUGGCUUUUCUUGAAAAUUAAUGACCCAGUCCUGUGUUCAAGACAGAACCUGGAAACCCUGUGUACUGGCAGUUCUACGUCUAAAAUUUACUUUUCUCCUGUUUGUUAAAUGUUGCGGCUUCCCCCUCCUGGAAUAUGUUGAUAAGAUAUACAUAGCAUAUAUUUUGUUCCUUUAUACGUGUUUUGCUAAAGCAAAGUCAGUAGGUGAAACAAUCCUUAACUCCCAUAAUAUUUAUCCAUUAGGUACACAGCAGUAUUACACGUUAAGUUUUAUUCUCUUACAAUUCGAAGUGAAAAAGGGCAUAUCUCCAUAGACUAUUGCAAAGCAGUAAACAGAAGGUAAGCAAAGAGUUUCCAUCAGCAAAACAGAUGAAUGUACUCACUUUGUACUGGUUGGCUUUGAUGCUUCCAUUGCCGGCAAUGGAAUACGUACCAGAAAAUCAGUCACAAAUGGAUUCAGCAUAAAGAGGGGAAAGUUAUUCCACCUGCAUCUGUAAAAGGAAAGCCUUGAGAAGUACAAUACAUAGAUAGUUGUGAGCCAUACGUAACAUACACAGGGAAUGUUAAGUUACAGUGACUCUCUUGCAAGAUUCCUUCCACUUCUGGUGAGACUUUUAUAACUGAUCACUCUUCUAACCCAUUGCUUCUCUGUUUUCGAGUUGUCUUAUUUCCCCUGUGACUAGUGUUGAGUGUUCUGUGCAAACUGUUUCUAGGCUGGUGUACUUAUGAUUUUUUUACUGCAGAGUAAUAUUUUUAAUAUACCUGGGGCACCUAGAGAUUACACGUCUAAAAGUUGUUUUUCUUGGCGAGGGAGGCAAAUGCUCACUUCACUUGCUGUGAGAGAGCGUUUGGUUUUGAAAGGCUUGAUUUUUGAAAAGCAGCCAUUCUUGGGGCACUCAGACCAAUAUUUUGCCUUGUAACUUGUUAGAAAUUUAUGCCAACGUUCUGAAUACCACCCUAAAUCAGAGAUCUGCUGAGGAUGGCUUCACCAAAAGCAGCUUUUUGCUUGCCUCUUUAGUUUUAUGGAUGACUAUUGUCAUUGGAAAGGAUUUUAAAAAAUGGUCUUCCUUUUGAAUAAAAAAAUCUGGAAGAUGGAAUAGAAUAUGCUGCAACAUCAGUUCAAGUAGUAUACACCCUAUAUGCCUGGCUGUAUACAGCUAGUAGCACUGCUCUGUUAAUUUCUGAAUUCAGAAUUAACUUUAGCAUUGGAAAGGAAACCGCUUACAAUCCCUUGCCUCUGAUCCUAAUGUUUAAAAAUGGAAACGGCAAAUAGUAGUGCUUUGAGGCCAGCGCAUGCCUUUACCGUCUCUCCCUUUCAUUUGGUUGUCGCCAACAUGUUCAGUGGUUUGUCACUUGAAGAUAGCAGGUGCCUGUUAUUUGCAGUGGCAUUCUCCCAGGGUGUGCUACCUACUGUACAUUCUUUAGUUUUGGGUCUGAGGGGAAGGGGUUCUAAACUGUGCACUGUUGCUUUUAGAUCCCCUUUGACAUGUAACCAUUUACUUGCAAAAGAUUAUUUAUUUGAAGCCCAUCCAAGUCUUGGAUCUCUAUAAAUAUUGAUGCAAAUAUAAUUUCCGUAAUAUUAAAACCUGUUUACACUACA